AUGUCGGACGCAGAGCUUGACCGCGAAUGGAAGCCAAGUACCAGACCGCAAUCGACAAUGGCCAAAAACUUCUCCCUAGCCCUCAAUGAUCUGUUCAAAAUCGACAACAGUGUAGCAGAUCUCGACGCGGUAGUAUCAGAAAAGAAGAGAGUAGUAUCCACACAAACCUCCGAGCUCGAAGCCCUCGAAGCACGAAUAAAAGCCACCGAAGAAAGAUUAAAAGCCAAACAAGCAGCCGGCAUCUCCCUCUCGCGCACACCCUCCGGCCGAUCGAGUCCUCAACAACGGACCCCUUUAGGAGACACAUUCAGCGCUCCUCCACCACACCACCCCAUCUCCCCACUGGCUACGGAAUUCGGAUCGCAGAACAUCAAUAGAGAGAAGAGGGCGAAUCAGACGUACACGACUCCGCCGAUGCCAGGCCAAUUACCACCAACUCCUGGUGCAAGCGAAGGUGAAUAUGGAUCCGAGCCUGAAUACGUGGUGGUGAAUAGAAAGAAAACGAGUGCUGACGGGAACCAAGACGGAGAGAUUUCGCAGACCCAGAAAUCCACAUGA